ACAUUGAUGAAUGCUCAGAUGGCUUUGUUCAGUGUGACAGCCGUGCUAACUGCAUUAACCUGCCUGGUUGGUACCACUGUGAAUGCAGGGAUGGCUACCAUGACAAUGGGAUGUUUUCACCAAGUGGAGAAUCCUGUGAAGACAUUGAUGAAUGUGGAACUGGAAGGCAUAGCUGUGCCAAUGACACUAUUUGCUUUAACUUGGAUGGUGGGUAUGACUGUCGAUGUCCCCAUGGCAAGAACUGCACAGGAGACUGUAUCCAUGAAGACAAAAUCAAGCACAACGGUCAGAUUUGGGUGCUGGAGAAUGACAGAUGCUCUGUCUGCUCGUGCCAGAGUGGAUAUGUGAUGUGCCGACGAAUGGUCUGUGACUGUGAAAAUCCCACCGUUGACCUGUUUUGCUGUCCUGAAUGUGACCCGAGGCUCAGCAGUCAAUGUUUACAUCAGAGUGGGGAGCUUUCCUACAACAGCGGAGACUCCUGGAUACAGAACUGUCAGCAGUGUCGCUGUUUGCAAGGCGAAGUUGAUUGCUGGCCCUUGCCAUGCCCAGAGGUGGACUGUGAGUUCAGCAUCCUCCCCGAGAAUGAGUGCUGCCCACGCUGUGUCACUGACCCCUGCCAGGCAGACACCAUUCGCAAUGACAUCACUAAAACCUGCCUGGAUGAAACCAACAUCGUUCGCUUCACUGGAUCUUCUUGGAUUAAGCACGGCACAGAGUGCACCCUCUGCCAGUGCAAGAAUGGCCACGUCUGUUGCUCAGUGGACCCACAGUGCCUUCAGGAACUGUGACACCAACAACCACCUCUCACAAGCAGUUUCUGGUUAAAGAAUUUUCAUUCACAAAAAAGACCUUCUGACCAAAAAUUGUACAAAAUUCUAACUAAAAUUAGAUUGGCUUUGUCCAUCUAAAGUGCAGAUAUGUUACACACUGAAUUACCUGGAUCAGAGUGAAAUUUAUGGACUCAAGACAAGCUCAGAUGUGUAAACCUUUGUAUGAGGUUCGGCCCAAAUCUUCUGGCUAUUUGUCUGUCUGACAUCAUUAUGCAGAAUAUUUAGGUUAGUGUAAAGUGACACAUUGUAAUACUGUACGUAAUGAUGUCAAGAUCCAAAAUCGACUAGGAACUCUUACAGGGUCUUCCAAAGCUUUGUGAGUCUAACAUUUGACCAGAUACAGAGAUUUUUUUCCCUAAUCAUAUUUGGAUCUGCACAAAUGUGUUUGAUUGUUCACUGCAGAAUUUCGCAGACGUUUGAGUAAAAGGAUAAAGCCUUCAGGAAUAAAGAAUCUAGCAGUGAAGAUAUGAUAUGUACAGUAUGUGCGCUGAAAAAAAAGGAAGUUAUUGUAAAAAUAAAAAUGCAAACA